AUACUUGGCCAUCAUCACCAAAGAUUAGAUCUCAAAUCAAAAAACACCAAGAUUUAUUAUUACAAGAUGAUGUCAUCAUCUUACCAACAUUCGAAUUUACCGAAAAUGCCACGAGCCUGAAAUUUCCUCAAAACCUUGGGGAAUUGAUGAAAUUGGUUCAACGGAAAGCCAUGGGAAUUAAAGAUAUUGGGUGGCCGAUAAAUGAAGGACCAACGGAUUUUGGGAAAUGGAUGAAGAUGAAUAUUUAUAAAAUUGCCGAAUUUGAAUUAUUUUAUCAACCUAAUUUUAUCAUGAAGAAAGGAA